AUGAGGAGCAUUCUGAAGUCAGAAAGAAGGGUGAGCUUGCAGCUGAAGGUGGAGGAUUACAACACCAAGCAGAGCAGCUCCAUCGGGGCCCUGCGCUGGAACCUCCCUGAGGAGAGCAUUCAGGUCCACAGCUCGGCCCCUAGCGGACCCAUCAACGGUGCCAACCUCACCGGACACUCACAGCAACACCUUCGCCAAAGCAGUCUGAAGGAUCUGCGUAGCCUGCAGGAGUGUGUACAGUUCAUCCAGCACUGGAAGGAACAAGUGGAGCAGGUUUGCAAGCGUGAUGGAGGCAAUACGGAGGAAGGAAGCAGUAAACGGCAAGCCCAAAAGUCGGACUCACGCACUGAGCGAAGUCUGGAGGAGAGCAGAAAGCUCAUCUUGGAGUGGGCCAAUGAGCUCAGUCACGUGGACAAGUUCCUGAAGGAGAAACCCUGUACUCCUGAGAGCAAAGAGCAUGACAAAGAACUGGAUGCUAAUGAGCAAGCACAGUUGAGGAUGAUGGAGUGGGCCAAGGAGCUGCAGAAGGUCUCCGAGAGCUGCGGCGUACCAGGUGACGAACUGGGCAAAGUGUUGCGGCUGCUGGGCCUGAAAAAGAAACGUCUCAUCAGCCUGAUGCCUCUGCUGGAGUUCAUCACAUGGUCGCUCCUCAAGGAAGACAGCGUGGGCAUGAUCCCACAGUUAUGGUUACUGGUAAAGCAGCGCACGUGGACAGCAGGAACUUCGAGAUACAUCCCCAACUCAGUUUGGAAUUGGAUCCGCAGUGCAACAGCUGACGUGAUUCUGGACCCCAUGACCAACCACCCGUGGCUGACUCUGUCUGAGGACCAGCGUAAAGUUCAGGAGGGUCCCUCGGAAGCCAACCUGCCGUACAGCUCACAGCGCUUCGACAGUUGGGCCUGCGUGCUGGCCUGGGAGGGCUACAGCCGAGGUCGCCACUACUGGGAGGUCGACAUCGCCAACAACGGCUAUUGGCGACUUGGACUGACCACGGUCAACUCCAAGCGCCACGGCCGCUUCCCCAUGAACCCAAAAACGGGCUACUGGUGCCUCUGGCGCAGCACGCACCAGUUCUACGCCUGCACCAAGCCUGAGACGCCGCUGCCUGUCGCGCUGGUGCCGCGGCGUAUGGGCGUAUACCUAGACUACGAGGAAGGACAGAUCUCCUUCUACAACGCCGAAACAAAGUCCCACAUCUACACCUUCACAGGGAACUUCAAGGAGAAGGUGUACCCUCUCUUUGCGCCUCUCGAUGGCCGCACUCUCAUGACCAUUAUCCCGCCACACAACAUCUAAACUAUUCUUGGACCUUCUUUAGCAUGAGCUAGUACAAGAACACAAAAGGCUUCAAAAACAAGGAAUGUGUCAUCAUGGAGAUCUUAAAGUGCUUGAUGAUAUUGCCAAUAAAUGCCUGAUCUCUGCACUCUGCACUAUAUAUAAAUAUAUAUAUAUAUACACAACGUGUACAUACAGUACUUUUCCUUUUUAUCACUAAU